AGGAUCCGCAGGCGCAGGUCUGCGGAGCGCGUGGCGGCGAAGGGGUGUUUCCACAUCUGUACAAUGGGUUGAGGCUUGGUAAGGACGAAGUUGAGAGAGUAGAGACCCUAGAGAAGGGCGAUGACGAUUGGGGUCAAGCGGUUCAUAGUGCUUCAUGGCUCGUUUGGUAGAUGCGCAGCAUUAUACACUGCGCCCAAGACUCAUGUGGCCAAAGAAUUAAUGAGAGAGACUGCGCGAAAAGUGUGCAUGAAUCUCUACGCAAAACCCAGAUUGCCGUUCAUUUGGAGGUGCUUUCGCUGCUAAAGCGCUCACUUUGCCACCAUAAUGGCAAACUGCUGCACAACGGCAACUCGGCAGACGAUGUGGAGCCUGAAUGUCUGGCAGUGAUUGGAAAGGACGAUAUGGAUACGGUAGAGUUCACGUAGAUCCCCUCGAGAAUCAUAGUGAAUGCAGGCGUUAACCUGCUAUUCCGGGACGUGGAACCAGACGGGGGAGUCCACACAUGGGCUGACAUGUGCACCACCCCCACAUUCUAUCCUCCAAACCCUUCUCAACCAUCCUUUGACCCCCUCAUACCAGUAACCGGACUCAUACCACAGCAAGGAUCUAUGUCUAGCGACACGAACGGCGCACAGCUCGUAGUAUUGUGUCAUUAUCGACACCGAGACCCACACCGAUUUACUUUCGGGUCAACAAUCCGUGCAUACGGUUAUCUAGUAGAAAAGAUCAAUUGUAUUUACGGUAUCGCACCGCAGUUCUUGAAAAUGAUUUGGAUGCACGAUGACUGCGACGAAUGUCCUAUCAAGAAUGAUGCCGAAUUUGACGACAUGGUUCAGCUUUGUUUUGGGAACAGUCGUGAUGGAGGGACCACUGUGUCUAUCCGUAUACACGACCAGUGUGGUGGGCUGGAGCCGUCAGUCUCAAGCCAUUCUGCACCUACGGUAAUCGCAGACGAUGCUGUCACCGUCAGCAGACAUGUUAGAUCUCCGAGGAAUGGGGAUGGAGACAGAAGAUCGAUUGGAAACACGCAGUCUGAUAUAUCAGGACCCCACGGCCAUACCAUACCCACCCGACCUAUGUCCCCUACCGUCGACAUCUCGGAUUCAGGUUUGGACGGCGAUAGGUCCAACUCCCAGCUGGACACGUCCGAAGAAUCGAGUAGCAGUUUCAUCCCUCCCACAUCCAUCAACUCAGACUCCGACACCAUGUCUGACGUGCUUUCAUUGGAGACUCUGAGUACAAAUGCUAGCCCCGUUCGGGCCGCAAAUACCUUGCUCAACGGAAUCACUAACUGCUCUGGGUGUGGUGGUGCAUUUGACCUCCUCCGUUACGUGUGCGACACAUGCGGAGAGAAAGGGUGUACUGCUGGGUCGCACUUCACACAUGAAUGCGUAGAUGGAGGGCUUCACUCUCCCGAUUAUUCGCCACUGCAGUCGCCAACAAGGUCUUCCUCGUCGACCUGUGUCCUAGAGUACAUGCUCUGUGUCGACUGUUUUAAUUCUCAUGGAUACGACCACACCAUGAGUAUGAGUACUCGCGCAGCAUCCAAUUCCCGGACGCAACUCAGGCAUGCAUUCUUUGAGCAAUUCUGUAUGGAUGGCUGCUGGGUCGACAUUGGGAAGAGGUGGGAUUGUGCGGUUUGCGAGGAUUACAUCUUGUGUCUGGCUUGUUACCGGCUCAGGUCAAGCACCAGUGUGGGAGAACUCUCGAUUGGAUCAUCCACUGACACUACAAGGCCAGCAGACGAAAAUCGCCGUUCAUGUAACGGGUGCAAGCAGCCCAUCAUCGGCGCUCAAUACCGGUGUGUUUCGUGCCCCUCAAAGUCGCCUUUGUACUAUCUGUGUGAUGAGUGCGAUCAGGUCUCAUUCAUACUUCAUGACCCUUGUCACAUCUUCGUCAAAAUCCGUGGUCUUGAUGGAGCCCGAGAAAUACCGUCGCUAUCUUCCAUUUCUGGAUUAUACAAAAGCCCUGCGGGUCCAUCGGUACAUACGAGUACAGCUGUGAAACACAAGCGCACGGUCUGCCAGCGCCAUCCUUCCCAUUCCAUCUCCGGCAAGUGGUUUCACUGCCCAACGUGUCCUGCAGAUUUGUGCAGCCAGUGUGAGGAGGAUGGGGCUCACGAUGCGUCGCAUGCGCUCAUCGUAUUCAAAGCCCCGGUUAACAUGGACCAUUUCAACAUUGACUCUGGCACCUUCAAGUCGGAUAGGUUGAUUUUCAGUUCCUGAUGUGUAUGAGUUUCUUCGUGUGCACUGUACUGCAAAGUAGUUACAUGCUGUAAAUUGCCCUGCUUACGUCAAUGUCCUGGAAGUGAAUAUAACCAACAACUUUUCCCACC